GUAACCAUAGAGUUCCAAACUCAUUUCUAUGGCAACACAGCUGUCAGUUUAGUAAACAACAAUUUUCAAAUAUAUGUGUUGCCAUGAGACAUCUAACCGUUAGAACAUAUCGGCGUUCUAUUGAACGUUUUCUGUUCGAAAACAAGAACAACUUCAAUUUGCUGUUUAACAACAACAAACUUGUCUGAUUUUUGAGACCUGAGAUUGAAACAUCGACUGGAAAAUGCCUGGGUGCUUUUCAAGAUUGACGGAGCGAGUGCGAGGACGUCGGCAGCCUUCUGCGUCGACAGGUUGUUCAAAUUCAUUUAUGGGUUGUUUUUGUUGUCUUUUUCCGUUUUGCAGGGUUCGCGAUCGUCGGGAGGUGGACAGCGACAGCGACUUCGAAGAGGAAUCAACUGUGCUGGAUGAGGUCCAGUUGGAUGUGCCACUGCUGCCAGUUAUCCUUAAUGUCCAGGAUGCUGCUAUCAUCCUCAAAAAUGUGCCAGAUGUGCUGACUAUCUUUGAGGAGGCCACUGGUAAUUGGCAGCUGAUACCGAUUAGGUUCAGCCCCCUGUACUGUGGGCCUGUUGUGAUCAGGAACAAUGCCGGUCCGGUGGCUAAAGCCUGGAGAACUUUCCAGUUCUUCAGCCCCUCUAUCACCUACAUGCGUGGGGGAUCCCAGCAGGUGGUGGUGAGGAGGCACCAUGUGAGUAGGGUUCGAGGCCUGGAGACUCAACUGGUGUGGGCCAUCUCCAAGGAGACAGCCAGGCUUAGUCCAGAGGGCAUCCCCUACUGUGCCACCAAGGUGCAGUCCGUCACUUGGAUCCAGUAUGUGGCUGGCAGGGUGACCCAGUAUGUGUCUCACCUCCGCCACGAGACGUCUGUGGACGUGACGUUUGGCUGCUACCAGCAGACUGAUGUCUCAGUGGUGUAUGCCACUCUCCACAUGGGGCUGGAUGGGCUGCUCUCCUCCUCGGCGUGGUCGGAGGCUGCCUCCGUGUCUACGCCCACCAAUCAGCAGUUCACUGAGCCAGAGCCUGAGGGCCACAACUGCUAUGAGGGCUGGGAGGAGGACCUGCUGCCUGAGGAGAGAGAGGUUCCUCUGCUAAACCUCUACCUUACCACCAAGAGAGUGGAGGACAUCGCCCUGAGGCUCGUCUCCCUGCGCCAGGCCUUCACUACACUGUUUGGUUCCACCCUGGGCAGGAACCAUCUGUUUGUGGCAGGAAAGGUCCUAAUGGGUGCACUGGUUCAGGCCCACCACAUGGACGAGGCCGAAUUCAUCCGUGCCUAUAAUGACUUUGUGGACUACCUGAGUGACCCCUCCAAGAAGAUUGACAUUGAGAGGGAGCUGGUUGAGGCAAAGAUCCAUCAUGUUAACCUGAUAGAUGUCCUCUUUGAACUGGUGCUGUUUGGGUUGAUGACAGCUCAGAAGUCCCUGAUGGUGCACCCUGGUGGGUUCAUGGAGCGUCUGUACGCUCUCCUGUACUCCUUCCUGCCCGCUGCUGCCAGCAUUGAGCCAAAGGCUGAGAGAUACCUGCUGCUGCUCAAUGAUUCUUGUGACACUUUGCCACCUAACAGGGAUCUAGACACUAAUGCACUACAUUACUUUGCACUGAAUUUUACAUUUUUAAAUAAAAUAACUAGUAUUUCAAUUGCAUUUGUCUCUGUCUUUCCAUUUACUUGA